UGCUCGCUGAAAAUCCACCGUUGUGAUAAUGAACACAUGUUGGUUAUUUGCGGUAGUUUCGGUGACUACUUUGUGUUACGGUCGGAGCCACGUAGCCGGCACCAAAGUGAAUCGAAUUCGGGGCAUUCCUCCAUCGAAAAUUUCCCUCUAUACUCCGGACCGGGAUUUUCAGUGUCUCGACGGCAGUUUAAUUAUUCCCUUCAGAUACGUGAAUGAUGAUUACUGUGACUGCGUGGACGGCAGUGAUGAGCCCGGAACCCCGGCCUGCACGAACGGCUCCUUCUUCUGUCAGAAUUCAGGGCAUCAAUCCAGAUACAUUCCGUCGAUGUGGGUGAACGAUGGUGUUUGUGAUUGCUGCGAUGCUAGUGACGAGUAUUCGUCUGAUCAGGAGUGUCUAGAUAAUUGCAGCGAGCUCGGCCGCGAGGCCAGACUCGAGGCACAAAAGGCAGCAGAAUUGGCACGUGAGGGCCAUAAAAUUCGUGCCGAGAUGCUAGCAAAAGGUAAGGUACUCAAGAGCGAGCUUCACGCAAAACUAUCGAAGCUUCGUAGUGACCACGAAGAGGCGGAGCUGACAAAAAAAGAAAAGGAGGGUUUGAAGAAGCAAGCCGAAGAAAGAGAGAGUGUUGCCAUGGAGAAAUACAAGCCAGCUGUGCCAGAGCAACCUGUAGCAGAAAACGAAGAGGAACAAGAGGAGCAACUGAACGAAGCCGAGGAUUAUUUUAAACUUUUGGAUUCCGAUUCAAGUGGUACUGUAACGAUAGCUGAAUUGCAGACGAGAGUUACGUUUGACAAAGACAGAAAUGGUGCCGUCUCCGAAGAAGAAGCUCUUUACUUUUUAAACAAUCAAGAAGAGCUGACUAUGCAAGAGUUUGUUGAUUCAGCUUGGGCUAAUAUUAAGCCCUACCUCAUGCUCGAAAAAGGCCUCUUCAAACCAGCGAAGGAUGAGCCAGCAGAGAAGGAGAUUGAAGUUUCAAACGAUGGGCCUCCUCCAGCAGAUUUAGAAGAGGAAGAAGGAGAAGAAGAAGCAGGAGAGCAUGAAGACCAGGAUCAUGAUGACCAGGAUCAGGAUGAACUUGAGGAAAAUGAAGCUGAAAGCGAUGUGGAGGAACGUGAGUCAGAACCUUCCGAACCUGCUGAGCAAUAUGACGAGGAAACCCAGAUGCUGAUUGAAGAAGCUAAUACAGCUAGAAAUAGUUUCCAUGAGGCCGACAAAGCAGUCCAGGAACUUCUCUCCGAUAUAAGGAAGGUGGAAGAAAAGUUAGCAGUCGACUAUGGACCGGAAGGGGAAUUCGCAGCCCUCGACGAUCAAUGCUUCGAUUACACAGACCUGGAAUACGUUUACACCCUCUGUUUGUUCGGGAAAGCCAUCCAAAAGGCCAAGUCUGGCGGCAGUGAAGUGAGUCUCGGCUACUGGCAAGAGUGGGCCGGUCCCGAAGAAAAUAAAUACGCAAAAAUGAAGUAUGAUCGGGGCUUCACUUGCUGGAACGGCCCUGCACGAUCCACGCUCGUUACAUUGACGUGCGGAGUCGAAAAUAAACUGAUCUCAGUUACUGAACCGAGUCGCUGUGAAUACGCAAUGGAAUUCGCGACACCUGCAGUUUGCAAACUUCUGCCGGAAGUCACCGAUACCCACGACGAACUGUGAAGCGUUUAACGUUUUCUGUGUUGUUUUUUUUUGUUUGUUUUUUUUUCACACAGGCACACACAUAUAUGCACACAAGCUGAGAACUUCUGCAGAAACGAAAAUCGAAUUCCGAGGUAGAUAUUGAUUCUUUUGAUCGACAGGGAAUUUGAUUCGGUAGUUGCAGUCUAGUAUUUAUUCUGUGAAAGAUUGAACUCUAGUUUAUGAAGAGAGAGAGAGAGUUAAUUAUACUUAACUUUUAUUUACAGAUCUAGGAAAUUUUUUUUUGCUCAGUGACUGUUUUAUUUCGAAGUGUAGGAGAGUUUUUAGUUUAAUAUGGUUUUCGAAAAUUGAAGUUUUAGUUCAAUGUUUAGUUUUUAUUUUACGAAAUCGAUUGCAAUUUAAACGGGUAUCUGAGUGUGUGUAUCAAAUACUAGGACUAUGUGCUUUUGUGAUAAAAUAGUAUUCCAGUUUUCGGAAGUUUAAAAUAAUCUUGCUUUUCAUUAUUUAGUGGAACUAUUUGUAAAUGUUAAUGUUAGCAUAGAAUUUUAUUCGAACAGAGAAGCACAUAGCCUUUGUAAAUAUAGGAUGAGUUGAUCAAGAAUUUUCGAAACUAAUUGUGAGAUAGAAAAUGGUCUUUUGACCAAAAGAGGGAUGAAGUAUUUUUGUCUCCAAAGUUUUUUCUAACACUUUGCUCAGCAAUCGUUGAAAAUCAAUUUUGAUACUGUCGUGGAAAUUUUUUAGUUUGAUAGGAUUAUUGAAUGUUUGCAAUGUUUGUAGGAGCAAUGAAACAUCACUCGAUCGAUUAAUGAUUAUUGUAUUAAUGCGUUGAAAAUGGUGAUAAACUGUAUGUCUGCAGAAAACUUUUUCGAAGAUUAGAAAUAUUGAAACUUCAUAACAACGUAAUAGUUGUCUUUGCCAAUACCAAGUCACCGUUACAUUCCAGUUUUUUGUACACAUACAGAAAAUUUAUAUGGAAAAUUGAAAUAAAGAAAACGAAAGUGUA